AUGUCAAGAAAUCCUAAAGUUCCUUUUGGUUUCUUGUGGUGCGUGGCUGUGGUUUUAUCACUAUUGCUAAUCAGUUGCAUGUGUGUAUCUCAUGUGAGUGCACUAUUCGAAACUCCAACCUAUCGUCUAAAAACCAUCGUUGGUUCCAACUAUACGAAUGGAAUUCCAGCCACUAGUUAUGGAGUUUCUGAUCAGCUUGGUUCAUUGGCUUGGAAAGAUGGUCAAUUAUUCUUCACAGAAGGUCCCCUAAUCAAGAAGGUUGAUAAGAAUGGAAAUGUGUAUACGAUUGGUGGGAAUUCUAGAGUAAACAGUUUGAUACCGUAUAGUGGAGAUUCUGUUAUGGCUACAUAUGCUUUCUUUUCAUCAUACAUACCUUCAUUAGCAGUUGAUCCAAACAAUGAAUAUUUAUAUAUUCUCGAUGGUGGAAAUGCAAUGAUCAGAAGAAUUUCCUUCAAAACUGGACUUGUCUCCAAUGUUUACUUUCUACAAGGUUCAGCCUAUUCUCUUCACAUUCUAAACGAAAGAGAAUUACUCUACUCCUCAUCAUCAGCAACCCGCUCAUAUCGUAAACUAGAUAUUCGAACCUCCAAUACUACUUUCUUUAUGAAUCUUCCACAAUAUAGUCACUCAACCAAAUAUGUAAACGAAACUCUUUAUGCUCUCGAUCAGGAAAUGGGUACAUUUUACAAAGUUUUCAAGAAUGGAACUGCAUUGACUCUAUUCAGGAAAGAUUCAUUGAAUCCUUAUUUUGAUGUUGAUUCGAAUGGAAAUGUUUAUUUUGCAUGUGAAGUUUACAAAAUUUUCAGAUUUAACACAAGCGGACAAUUUGAGCAAAUUGCAGGAAUGGAAAAUGGUUUUGGAGGUGAUGGAGGUUUGGCCAUUAAUAGUAAAACUUCAUCAGUGGGUGAUAUGGUUGUCAAUGAGAAUGAUGAACUCAUCUUUGCCGAUGUCGACAAUCAAAGAAUUCGAAAGAUCAGUAAGAAUGGAAUAAUCUCAACUAUUGUUGGAACUUUGGUAGCAACAAGUAAUCAACCACCAUUGCUUUCUUCAUUUAAUAGAAUUGAUGCAUUCACAUUCUCUAGUAAUAGAUUGUUUUUCAGUGAAUAUGCCGAGUAUUCACCUUUCAGAAGAAUGAAUCGUCUAGAAAAUGGAAUAGUUUCACUUGUUUCGGAUGAACAAGUUGGUGGAAUGGUUGCAGAUGAAAGUGGGGCUUUGUUUUACAUACUACCAGCAAAUCAUCUUGUUAACAAGUACAAUAAUUCAAUAGUUCAAACGUUGGCAGGUGAUGGAAUGAUCAGUAAUGUCAAAGAUGGUGUCAAUGGUCGAUCUUCAUCGGUUCCUAAUCCAUCUGGAAUAGCUCUGUAUAACAAUGAUAUCUAUGUGUCUUCACAGAAUAGAAUUAGAAUUAUUUAUCAAAAUUUGACCAUUGAUACUGCAUUCAUUGGAACGGAAGAUAUCACUUCCUUAUUUGUGAGUUCUGAUGGCAUGAUUUACUUUUUAGGAAGUACAACUAUGGCCAUCCAUCAAGUUAUGAACAAGACCUAUGCCAUUAGAAUCAUUGGUGGAGGAACUGAUACAGGAGAUACUGUCAUUCAAUCCAUUAAUGCCCAAUUAAAAUAUCCAACAAGUUUCUUCGUGACCAAAACAAAAGAAUUUAUCAUUGGAGAAGAAUCAACAAUUAGAAUCUCAAUGACUAAUGGUCUCAUUACUCCAAUACUAUACGUAGAGGAGGGACUGAACAAUCCACCCUUCUCUCAACUUGAUAAUCCAAAAGCAAUUUAUGUGAAAGAAUCGACAUUUUUGGAAAUUUCCUUCGCCUCAAGAGGAAAUAUUUUCACACUCACUAGAGAAUUGAACCAAACAUGCUAUGGAGUGCAGGCUAAUGAUCAGAAGAUUUGUUCAGGACAUGGCUCUUGUUGGUUUUACAAUUUUUGCACCUGUAAUCCAGGAUUUGGAGGUCCAAAUUGUGAGUUGAGUAUUUGUAAUGAUGUCAUGUCAGAUGAUCCAAAGGUUUGUAAUGGAAGAGGUCAAUGCCAAGCUUCUCGGUCGUGCCUAUGUGAAAAUGGAUUUGGUGGAGCUUAUUGUGAAGUAAGAAACAUGUCAUGUUUCGGUGUGCAGGCAGAUCAGUUGAAUGUUUGUUCUGGAAAUGGAAUUUGUUUACAACAGGAUUUGUGUUUGUGUAAUAGUGGUUUCUAUGGAAGUGCUUGUGGUGCUACUUAUUGCUAUGGUUAUGCCAGUAAUUCUCCACAAGUUUGUAAUAAUCGUAAUGGAAACUGUACGAAUCUCAAUUCAUGCUCUUGUAAGCCAGGUUUUUCAGGUUUCAAUUGUAAUAUUACCUAUUGUAACGAUUUGGAAAAUACCGAUGUGAAUGUCUGUAAUUCAAGAGGUCAAUGCAUUGCUUCAGAAACAUGCAAUUGUACUUUUGGAUAUUAUGGAAAGUAUUGUCAAGAUUUUAAUUGUUUUGGAAUUCACUUUGAAAAUGCAAGUGUUUGUUCUGGAAGAGGUGAUUGCCAAAAUUAUGAUGCUUGUAACUGUGCUGUUGGUUCAACUGGUUUAAAUUGUGAAAUUGAUCUUUGUUUUGGUCAACCAGCUAAUUCUCCGCAAGUUUGUAAUUAUGGAAAUGGAACUUGUUCUGCACCUAAUCAAUGUACUUGUAGAGCAGGUUGGUUGGGAAAGGAUUGUUCUACUCCGUUCUGUGUAGGAUCAUUCUCUCAACAACAGAAUUUCACAUGCCUAGCUCCAAUUCAAGAUUCGAAUAGGGAAAUUAUUGUUCAAACUAUUGGAACAGUUGAAGAUUUGAAUUCUCGUGUGGUAAACUUUACGAAGUUUGAUGGGCUUUCUAUCAAGUUACCAAGCUCAUUAUCAUCCUACCUAAAUGAAACUAAUCAAGUGCCAAAAUCUGACAUUUCCAUUAUUGCCUCCGUGUCUAAGGACGAAACCAAAGGUCAAGUCCUUUCUAGUGUAAUAACAUUGAGCUUCGUUUCUAGUAAUCAAGCUUUGAAAAUUUCACAACUAAACGAGCCAAUUCAAAUUUCAUUUGGAAAAGUUUACAUUCCCAAAGUCAACUUGACACUUUUCAAUUUGACAUGUUCAUUCUAUGAUAAUUCCAUGCAAUUGUGGAAUAGUGAAGGACUUUCUACCACUUUUGAAUAUUACAAUGAGGAAGUAGUGGAUGGUAUUUUAUAUUAUGUUCAAUUAAUUACUUGCAAAACUUCUCACUUGACUUCCUUUUCAGUAAUUGACAAGAAUUAUAAGAAGGCAAAUUCGGAAUAUAAGGGAAUGCCGCAACCUUCACAAUUGAGAAAUGAUUUAAUUUCACUCAACAAUGAACAAAUUAUCAUUCUGGCAACUACUUUGGGUGGUUCAUUCAUUAUCAUUGUAACAGUAGUCAUCAUUAUUGUCGUGGUCAUUGCUUUAGUGUUAAGAGCGAGAAGAAAGAGAUUAUCUGGAUCAUCUUCAAAAUCUUCUUGUUGUUCUUGCUGUUGUUGA